CAGCUGCAAUACUUCGUCUGAGCGACCUUAUUUUAUUUUUGUUCCUGAGUUCGUAGGGUUUAGGAAUUUGACGUUCUGAUCGUUUACAAUAUUACAGUGCGCGGUUUUCGCGUUGUUUUGUUUAGUCACUGAUUGGAGGGUAGCGGAACACAGUUAUCCAACAUGAAUCUUCCACAAGUUUAUCGAUGUUUCACAAGCGCGCUCUGGUCAAGGAGCAUUUCAACAAGCGCAGUGCGCAAUGGAAUUGUCUUUACCCCGCACGUCAUCGAUAAAAAUUAUCGGGAUAAAGAAGAAGAAAUGCAGAAAGCCCAGAAAGAUGACAUUCGACCAAAAUAUCCCAAAUCUGCAGAAACAGCAGUUCAAAUUUUAGAAGAUCCUUCAGAUGAGGGAGUGUUUGCCUUGACCGGUGUGCCAGAAGAACACAUUGUAACAAGAAGAGUAAGAAUAUUUCGACCUGCGAAAAAUGCAAUGCAAUCAGGAGCACAGAAUAUAAAACAGUGGAAAAUUGAAUUUGACAACAGAGAAAGAUGGGAAAACCCUACAAUUGGUUGGUGUUCUAAUUCUGAUCCUCUCUCAAAUAUAUCAAUGGCUAUGAGUUUCAAAACCAAAGAGCAUGCAAUGGAGUUCGUGGAGAGGCAAGGAUGGUCAUACUUCAUAGAGGAACCGGUUGAAAAACAAAUGCAGCCGAAGUCAUACGCAGCUAACUUUUCUUGGGAUAAACGUUCAAGAAGAGCAAUGAAAUGAUUUGUCAUAAGUCCUGUAUAUUUAUAGAUAUUUUUGUUCUCUUGUGAAAAAAUAGGUAAUAAAACUAAAAUGAGAUACAUGCACAGUG